GGGAGGGGAGCGGGGCAGUGCCGCGCCGCCCGGCGAGGCGAGGAGUUACGGCGCUCCACGCGUGAAGAGCCCGCGAGAGGGGCGGGAUCUCUGUGACACCCAGCGGUAACCGCGGCGGGGCUUUCCCCUCUCCCCUUUGCUCUUCCCUCAGUAAUUCCCGCAGAAAUGCGGUGCCCCGCUCUGGCAUGACCCCCCCCCGCGCCGGGAGGAACGCCCCCAGGGCACCGCCGCGCUCCCGGCCCGCACAUCGCUGUCGGGAAGAAAGGGCUGUCGCCGCGGAGCCGCCGCUCGCAGCAACGCCGGACGCCGGGCUGGGGACGACGCAGGUGUAGCCCACUGGAAGCAUGGCUACAAGUGCGGUUCCCAGUGAAAACCUCCCCACGUACAAGCUGGUGGUGGUUGGAGAUGGUGGCGUGGGGAAGAGCGCUCUCACCAUUCAAUUUUUCCAGAAGAUUUUUGUGCCCGACUAUGACCCAACUAUUGAAGACUCCUACCUGAAGCACACAGAGAUAGAUGGGCAAUGGGCGAUUCUUGAUGUUCUGGACACUGCGGGCCAAGAGGAGUUCAGUGCGAUGCGGGAGCAGUACAUGAGGACCGGGGAUGGCUUUCUGAUAGUGUACUCGGUGACGGACAAGGCGAGCUUUGAGCACGUGGACCGCUUCCACCAGCUGAUCCUCAGAGUCAAGGACAGAGAGUCCUUUCCAAUGAUUUUGGUGGCGAACAAAGUUGAUCUAAUGCAUUUACGGAAAAUUACAAGAGAGCAGGGAAGAGAAAUGGCAACAAAACAUAAUAUUCCCUAUAUAGAAACUAGUGCCAAGGACCCACCUCUAAACGUUGACAAGGCCUUCCAUGAUCUCGUGAGGGUAAUAAGGCAACAGAUCCCAGAGAAAAGCCAGAAGAAGAAGAAAAAGACUAAGUGGCGAGGGGACAGAGCCACAGGCUCCCACAAACUGCAGUGUGUGAUUUUGUGAUGGGACCACCUGGGAGUGCCUUGGACGACUCCCUCCUCCCCCCCGGCCCCACUGCCAGCCCAGGCGAGGAGCAGCAGCAGCAGCAGCAGCAGCAGCAGGAUGCCCGCACAGCUCCCCCCAUCCCCUAAGGCUCGGAGGAGGUGGCUCCAUGGGGUCCAGAGCUCCCUGGGGAGGGUCUGCACGUUGGGAGCCGCGCCAACAGGAGGCGGAAGGGAUCAGCAGGACCUCACUCAACUCUCCCAACAUCCCCAGCACUUUCCAGGGGCCUCCAUGUUGUUUAUUUAAAAAAAAAGAAAAAAAGAAAAAACAAAGGAAAAAAUGUUGGUUUUAUCUGCAAACAUUUCUCCUUGUGACCCAUUUCUGCACAGCCAUGAAUAGACCCCUGUUUGGUACAGUCGCCUGUGUAUGUGUGGGGGAAGGGAGGGAAAGAGCUUUGCUUUCUUUCUCUAAAUGUUUUGGGGGUUUUUUUAAUCCUCUUCUCCUUUUUCGUUGUUUGCUCAGCGAGUGUUGGGUUGCAAAGAAACACGGCCGGGGUUAGAUUUUUUGCACUGAACUCUCUCUUAGGCGGCAGUGCCAAAACACGACUUCGUAUGAGAGUGCAUAGAUUUGGAGGAAGAAAAUGAAUUCCAGCUGCUCUGGGUGCUCCAGACAUUGUGUCAGACUCUGGAGGGCAGCCAGCUCACAGACCGUAAACUCCAGCUUAGCAAAGGAGGUUUGGGCUUGGAUUAUAUUUUUUGUUUCCCCUUACCCUUCGUCAAGAGAUUUUGUUUCUGUUUUGUAGUUUGGGGCAUGUGAACGUCAAGACGGUUUGUUAACCUGGAAGUAUUUAAAUUAAAGCAAUUUACAAAUGGAA